CGUAAUAAAAUACUAAAAGGUGUCAUCUUGAUGGUACCACAACAUUGACAUAGAAAAGGUACAGUUUAAAUGCCCCGUUUUUUCCUGAAAAAAGGCAUGAAAAAUGUGUGGACUAUAUUAGGAGUGUAACAAUCAGACGAUUUGGAUUUGGAAGCUACUAAAGCAAACUGAAUCAUAUCGUAUCAUAUCAUAUCAGGUUCAGUCAUGCUAGUCGAAUAUCGAAUCGUUGCCUUAAGAAUUGAAGUUUUAACACACUGAAAGCAAGCCUGAGGUUUACACAACUAGGACAUACUGUAUACAUCUAGAUAUACUAGAGCAGAUGUAAUUUUUUCCUACCUCAAAGCAUUCGGGGUCAGCUUCCUGUUUGAUGCUGACCACACCCCCUUACAUGAGCUAUCUAAGCAAGGGCUUGGUAACAGGGUUGUUUUUUUUUUUUAGAUUAGCGGUCACAGUUUAUCUGUCACAAUAUACUGUAAACUAUAUGUCCAAAGGUAUGUGGACACAUGACCAUCACAUCCAUACGUAGGCCUUCCACAAACUGUUGCCACAAAGUUGGAAGCGCAGAAUUGUAUAGAAUGUUGUUGUACACUGUAGCGUACACUGUUACAGUUUCCCUUCACAGGAACUAAGAGGCCCAAACCUGUUCCAGCAUGACGAUGUCCCUGUGCAUAAAGCGAGCUCCGUGAAGACACGGUGUGUUAAGCUUGGACUGGAAGGACUCGCGUGUCCUGCACAGAUCCCUGACCUCAACCACGCUGAACAACCUUUGGGAUGAACUGCACCCCCAGGCUUCCUCACCCUUCAUCAUAAUGCUCUUGUAGCUGAAUGAACACAAAUCCCCCACAGGCACGUCUCCAAAAAAAAUCCAGUGGAACGCCUUCCCAGAAGAGUGGAGCUUACUACAACAGCGAGCGGGGAAUAAAUCUGGAGCAGGAUGUUCAGCAGGCACGUGUGGGUGUGAUGGUCGGGUGUCCACAUACUUUUGCCAUAUUGUUGUAGGAGGAUUUGGGUGUGUGAACACGCAAUCCACAAUAUACUCCAUGCACUCAUUAUACAGAAUAGCAGGGCAGCAUUCAAUAGAUAGAGACACAUGCAGUCAAAUGAAGUAUAAAUAGUGUACGUGAGGGUGUAGUGUGUUAAUCUGCAGAACCACCUUCUGGGGGGUUCAGAUGGGAGGGGGGUUACACACCGCUGUAGGGAACCGGGGUGGGUGAACAGGAAGUGGGCGGGCCGAAUCUUAAACGCCUUCCUCUGCACUGCGCAGUGUGUUGAAUCAGGGUAUUUCACUCCCUAUGUAGGGAGCGAGGAGACAUUCAGCACGCAGCCGCCGUUUUAUCACCCGACCGCUGGGAUGAAGGAGAGACGGGGGCAUCCUUGGGUCUGAUCUCAUAUUUAAAGAAAAGAACAACGCGAUUGGAACUUCGCUUCACUCUGUGAGUGUGUGUGUGUGUGUGUGUGUGCGUGUGCGCACGCGCGCGCGCGCGUGUGUGUGUGUGUGUUUUGUUUGUUUGGAUUGUUGAUCAAGAAGGGCAGCUGAGUCAAGAUGAUGGAGGAGAUCGACCGAUUCCAAGUGCCAACCGAGGCAGAGAUGCAGGCCUUGGAUCCAGCGUCCUCUACUGCCUCUGAGGGAGACUCGGACACGAGAGAGAGUGAGCCGGCCACCCUCAACUACAAACCAUCACCACUGCAGAGGAAAAUAGAAAAACAGCGAGAGCUGGCCAGGAAGGGUUCUCUGAAGAACGGCACGGCAGGGAGUCCUGUCAACCAGCAGCCCAAGAAGAACAACGUCAUGGCCAGAACACGGUUGGUGGUUCCCAACAAAGGCUACUCUUCCUUAGACCAAAGCCCAGAUGAGAAACCGUUAGUUGCUUUAGACACAGACAGUGAUGACGACUUUGACGUGUCCAGAUACUCCUCAUCGGGAUACUCCUCGGCUGAGCAAAUAAACCAGGACCUGAACAUCCAGCUGCUGAAGGAUGGAUACAGGCUGGAUGAGAUCCCCGAUGACGAAGAUCUGGACCUCAUCCCUCCAAAAUCGGUCAACCCAACCUGCAUGUGUUGCCAAGCCACGUCUUCAUCCGCCUGCCAGAUCCAGUAAAAUUUCUGUCUUUCUUUUCCUCUUCCUCUCUGUUGCUCUCUCUCGCUCUCUCUCUCUCCCCCUCUUCUUGUACCCCUUAUAAAGACAUUUAAUCCACAUUAUGGCACGAAAUGUACAGGUAAUGUUAUGAUUAAAAUGGUGUACAGGAAAUCCUGAACAAAAACACACAUACAUAUACAUAAACUCUCGCACACACAUAUACACACACACCUGCGAUCAUUAUUAAUGUUAUGACUAUUAUUACUAUUGGUAGCGUCCUCCUAUGGUAGGGCGCUCUGUAUGCUAAUUAGCUCGGAGGAGAUUAUGUGUAAAACCUCCUAGUGGACGUUGUGUAAUGACUGUACAAUUGGAGGUUAAAAAAAUUGAUUUAACUGUGCAUAAAACACUUGGUGAUGCUAGCGCCAAUUUAUCAAAUGUAGUACCUGCUUCCAUGUUGUACCUACUUCUCAUUUUGUCGUCUCCGUGUUUUUUUUUUCCCUCUCGUUUUUUUGUUAACCUUUCAAAUGGCCUGCUGUAUUUAUAUGUGCUUAAGGAUGUUGCUGAGACACCGUUGAUUUACGUUUCUUGUGCUAGUUGUUCCUUCGCGGCACUAAACGCAGCAUUGUGUAGCAUGUACGGAAAACGUUGCACUUUGUUUUUUGUCUACGGUUUUGUUUACACUUAUUCGGAGAACCACCCCAAAUGAUCGUUCAAUGAUUUGGAGACGAAUUUAUCGAUUAUUUAAACAAACAGACAAACAAAAAAUAUAACGCAUAUCUAACUGGCUUAUAAAUAUAUAUAUAUAGCCUAUAUUAUAUUAAAAAAAAAGGCCUCUUCGUUAGCAUCAUUUGGUCAACCUUUAUUUGAUGUUAACGUAGACACAUAAUAUCAGUGUGCUGUAAAAUGCUACCUAAAGUGCGUACAAACACUUUGGUGUGAAUGACUGUUUCUCAUUUUCAGUUUAAGUACAGUGUUCUGGCUUUUUGACUAAA